AUGUUUUCAAUUUUGUCACAAAAAUCACUUUUAUGGUCUUUGCUUGUGUGCCACUUUGCUAUUUCAUGCAAAGCAAACCAACAAAGUGAAUACCUCCAUAAGCUUAUUCAAUCAAAGAGGUUUCAACAAAAGGAUGUUUCUUCACAUGAAGAAGCUUAUUAUUUAAGUGAUUUUGGCGAUGAAUAUGUUUCAUAUGAACAUGAUGUUGAACAACAAUUAAAGUUGAAAGAAGCUGAUAAAGUGAAGGCUUUGCCUGGUCAACCAAAAGGGGUGGAUUUUGAUCAAUAUGCAGGUUAUAUAAGUGUGGAUACAAAAGAAAAUAGAAAACUUUUCUAUUACUUUGUGGAAUCAUCUUUAAAUUCUUCAACAAAACCUCUUGUUCUAUGGCUUAAUGGAGGACCUGGAUGUUCUUCAUUUGGGUAUGGAGCCAUGCAAGAAUUAGGACCUUUUAGAGUAAACAAUGAUGCAAAAACACUUUCCCUUAAUAAACAUGCAUGGAACAAAGUGGCAAAUGUUCUAUUCUUAGAGUCUCCGGCUGGAGUUGGAUUUUCUUACUCGAAUAAUACAUCAGAUUAUACUGUUGGUGACAGAAAAACAUCCAUAGAUUCAUACGUUUUUCUUCGAAAUUGGCUCGAGAGAUUUCCAGAGUAUAAAACGCGUGAUUUUUUCAUAACUGGUGAAAGUUAUGCAGGCCAUUAUAUCCCUCAGCUGGCUGAUCUAAUUCUCUCGAAAAAUAAGAAAAAUAAAAAUCACAAACCGAUCAAUUUGAAGGGAGUCGCGGUUGGGAACGGUUGGAUAGAUGACAAUUUGUGUUUGAAGGGAAUGUAUGAUUUUUAUUGGACUCAUGCUCUCAACUCGGAUGAAACUCAUAAAGGAAUGGAAAAACAUUGUCACUUUAAGAGCUUCAACGAAUCAAAUGAAUGCUUUGGAUAUCAAAGCAAAGCUAAUGAUGAGGUUGGAACUAUUGACAAUUACAACAUAUAUGCUCCAGUUUGUAAUUCAUCUGCAACAGAAACUAGUUACUCUGAAAAUAAUUUUGAUCCUUGUUCUGAUGAUUAUACCACUGCUUACUUAAAUCAACCUAAAGUUCAAGAGGCUCUUCAUGUUAAAGCCACAAAAUGGUCACCUUGCAGUAAUGUGCUAAAUUGGACCGAUAGUCCAGCAAGUAUUCUACCAACUAUUAAUAGGUUAAGAUCGAGUGAAAUAAGCAUUUGGAUUUACAGUGGUGAUACAGAUGGUCGUGUUCCCAUAACCUCAACAAGGUUUUCGAUAAAUUCUUUAAACCUACCAAUACAUACAGAAUGGCGCCCAUGGUACAAUGAAAAAGAGGUUGGAGGAUAUUUGAUUGGUUAUGAAGGACUUACAGUUAUAACCGUUAGAGGAGCUGGACACAUGGCUCCAAGUUACCAACCACAAAGGACACUCACUCUCAUCUCAUCUUUCCUUCAAGGAAAACUUCCUCCUUAA